AUGGAUGUAAACCAGGAGUAUGAGGGUCUGGAUGGGUGUUUAGGUUCGAUUAGAUUAGAUGAGGAUGGGGAUGAAGAUGAAGAGGUUAGGUUUAAGAAGGGAAGUGCGUAUUGUUGA